AUGUUUUAUUAUUCUUAUUAUUUGAUCGGUAUUUUAAUUCUCUUUUUCUAUUAUACAACAUUAACAUUUGGUAACUCAUCACCAAUAAGUCGUUCAGCAUAUCGAAAAGGGAAUGUCACAUUAGGUGGAUUAUUUCCUGUACAUGAAUAUGGAAAUCCACGAGAACCUUGUGGAGCCAUAAGUGAAUUUCGUGGAAUACAACGUUUAGAAGCUAUGUUGUUUGCUAUUGAACAAAUUAAUAAUGAUACAAAUUUAUUACCCGGUAUUGAAUUAGGUGCACUUAUAUUGGAUACUUGUUCCGAUGAUAAUUAUGCUGUUGAACAAUCUCUUGUAUUUGUAAUUGGUCGUUUAACAUCAAGUUCAUGUAAAUGCGUUAAUACAUCGUUAUCUGAAUCUCCACAUGAUGAUAAUGUAUUUGGUGUUGUUGGUGCAACACUAAGUUCAGUUAGUGUACAUGUUGCUAAUUUAUUACGUUUAUUUCAAUUACCCCAAAUAUCCUAUGCAUCAACAACACCAAAAUUAAGUGAAGCAUCAUUUGAAUAUUUUGCUCGUACUGUUCCGUCCGAUUCAAAUCAAGCACGUGCAAUCGUUGAUAUAUUACAACGCUUAAAUUUUACCUAUGUUAAUACAAUUUAUUCUCAUGGUGAUUAUGGUGAAGGUGGCUUUCGUGAAUUUCGACGUUUACUUAAAGUAUCUACAACAACCGAUGAUAAUUUAAAUAUAAUGCAAAAAAAAACAAACCGUAUAUGUAUUGCUGAUGAACAACGUUUAUAUCGUGAUGCAUCAAUACAAGAUAUUAAAACAAUUUUACAAACAAUGUUCGAUCGUGGCAAACCUGAUUUACAAGUACGUGUUUAUGUAUUAUUUGUCACAAAAGAAGAUGCUAGAAAAUUGUUACAAGCAAUUAAAUUAUUUAAUGGCACACAUCGACCUGUACUCAUCGCAAGUGAUGCAUGGGGCAAAGAAUCAUCAGUUGUUAUAAAUGGUGAAACUGAUGAAAUAGCUGUUGGUGCCUUAACAUUAGAACUUGUUUCAAUACAACCAGAAAAUUUUGAUCGAUAUUUUAAUUCAUUAAAACCUGAUUUACCCGAUGAAAUAAUUCAUAAGAAUACAAAUAAUAAAAAUUCAAAAAUAAUUUCAUCAAGAAAUCCAUGGUUUAAUGAAUUUUGGGAACAUCGUUUUGGUUGUAGUUUAACAACAUCAUCAACAUGUAUAAAUCAUCAAUUAAAUGAAACAAAUUGGGAUAGUAAAUUACAAUUUAUUGUUGAUGCAACAUAUGUAUUUGCUCAUGCAUUACAUGAAUAUUUAAAUUGUUCAUCAUCAUCAUGUCCAAAUACAUUUUUAACAGAUAUAGAUGGAAAAAAAUUAUUUCAAUUAAUCUUAGAAACAACAUUUAUUAUGCCUGAUUCAAGACAAAUUCAAUUUAAUGCUGAACGUUUCGUACCCGGUCAUUAUCGUAUAUAUAAUUAUCGUCGAUCAAAUGAAAUAUCGUCAUUAUCUGAUACAAUUACAUUUCCAUAUGAAUAUGUUUCUGUUGGUGAAUGGAAAAUAGAUCGAAAUCAAAAUGGUAAACUAAAUCUUGCUAUUGAUUCAAUUGUAUGGCCAGGUGCAAAUACAAAUGAUAUAUCAUUAUUAUCAUCAAAAACAAUACCUAUAUCUCGUUGUUCUGUACCAUGUCGAGUUGGUGAAUUUCGUCAAUUUCAAGGUGAUUCUUGUUGUUGGGUAUGUACACCAUGUAAUGAAACAUCGAUUGUCCGUAGUCAUGCAGAUCAAGAACAUUGUGACCCAUGUCCUAUUGGUUACUGGCCAACACAAAAUCGUACAUCAUGUUAUAAAUUAAAAGUAACAUCUAUCGAAUUUUUAUCAGCCAUAGCACUUGUACCAAUUAGUUUAUCCAUAAUUGGUAAUAUUUUAACAUUAUAUGUUGUUAUAUUAUUUUAUCAAAAACGACAAACACCAAUUGUUAAAGCAAGUGGAAAAGAACUUUGUUUUAUUAUGCUUGGUGGUAUACACUUAUGUUAUUUAAUGACAUUUCCUAUAAUUAUAAGACCACAUAUAAUAACAUGUAUUAUUCAACGUUUAGGUAUUGGUUUAGCUUUUUCAAUGAUGUAUGCUGCUCUAUUAACAAAAACAAAUCGUAUUGCAAGAAUAUUUGAAAGUACAAAAAAACAAGGUAAAUUACGUCCAGAACAUAUAUCACCACGUUCUCAAGUAGCUAUUUGUUCAUGUUUAAUUAUGGUACAAUUACUACUUUCAUUGUUGUGGCUUGCUUACGAACGUCCAUAUGUUGAUAUGAUAGCACAUGAACGUUUAGUUAUACUUAAAUGUCAUAUGAAUAAAUAUUCAUUUCUUUUUUCAUUAACUUAUAAUGCAUUACUUAUACUUAUAUGUACAAUGUAUGCUGUACGAACACGAAAAGUACCAGAAAAUUUUAAUGAAACAAAAUUUAUUGGUUUUACUUGUUAUACAACAUGUAUACUUUGGUUAGCAUUUCUACCAAUUUAUUUUACAGCACACGAGACAGGUCGUCAUCAAGUAAAUAUUGCAACAUUAUGUGUUACUAUAUCAUUAUGUGCAACAGUAGCAUUAGCAUGCCUUUUUUCACCGAAAGUCUAUAUUAUAUUAUUACAUCCUGAAAAAAAUAUGCGUUUAACAAAACAAUUAAGAGCACAAGUUCAUAGUUUGAAAUUUGCUGCACAAAUACCAGCAAAUUCAGCUUUUAUGUUAAAUCAUGAUAAGAAUAAUAAAGAAAUUAUAAAUAAUGACAGUCAAUCAGUAACAACUUCUCCUACUACUGAAGAAAAAAGUCAAUCAUUAAUAUCUAAUCAACAAGUAAUAUUGAGAACACUUCUAAAUAAUACAAAAAAUCGAAAUAAAAGAUUAAAAAAUAAUGAAAAACGAAAAAUGUCGGCAACAAUAAUAACAAGUCAUUCAGAUGGUUAUCUCAUUGGUGAACAACCAAAAUCAUCAAUAAAACAAAACACUUAUCGUGAUGAUGAUAGUCUCGAUUCCGACUCAUUACAAAAUGAACAAAUCAUGGUGUAA